UUUCCGAGUCGCAUGUCUGUGCCGCAAUGAGCUGUCUCAAAGGAUAAUACCAUUUUGAGUGUGCUGUAAAGUGUUAACUUUUUCUCCUGUGAUAACCAUUGACAGUGGAAGAGGUGUCCAAUUCGCUAGCUCGUUGGGUUUUCAAUCUAUUCACGUGUGACAAGGGACAUUGGCGAAGGAUUAAUUUCUGUUCACUAGCUGCGGAAAAGCUCGAAAUCCUUGAGAAGAAAACGAGGACAAAAAAAAAGUCUACUGGAGGUAAAGUGAUUUUUGCAGCACUGUCUGUGGCGGAAUUUCAUCGGUUUUCACUGCAUUGGAGGAGAUUGCGAUGCAGUGGUGGGUCAUCGAUGGAAAAAUAGUGAGAAGCUGAAGAUACUGUGAAGGAAAAACAGAAGCAAAAAAAACUAUAUUGCGGAUAGGAAAACCUCAGCGUAGCGAAAAAAAAAGGUGAGCGCUAAAGGAACUAGCACACUGCUGUAGGAAAAUCAAUGGUGGAACAGACGAAAAUUUGAUAUUUUUGACUUUCAAAAUAACACACGUAAGAUACAAAAGGCAGAGAUUAGAGAAGGAAACCGUGAGAGAAAGAAGAAAAAAACGAAGAGUGAGUAGAUAUUCCAAUUGCUGCUUAGACUACGAUACGGAAAAGCGAACAACUUUUGGACCUAACGGGAUCGGAAACUGAAUUUCGGUGACAGCUGUGACACCAGGAGAGAGUGGCUACGUCUGACACGAGGGAAGGGGAAAUCAAAAACUCAAAUAAAAUUAGUUCAGCUUUUCUUGCUCGGUGAACUUUGCUCGUAAGGGUGAUCCGUUUGUUGUAUAGUCGACCGAGGGCCUUCCUCCUCCCACCAACCAUUUCCUACCCACUGACUGGCGCCGAAGGGUUGUAAGCAGGAAGCAACGCGAAGGGUGAUAGGGAAAACCGUGAGAGCCAGAGCAGGACAGAGUUGACUAUCCGUCGUUUGUGCUACUUAUUUUGAAAGCAUUGGCAGAGUGGCAGUAGCGCCAGUAGCAGAAGCAGUAGCACGUUAUCAGCAUCAGCAGAAAUAAAAUUCGUAGAGCUUUGAAGCGAAGUAGCUACAAUAUAAAAAAAAAACACACAUCAGCUACUGUAGACAUCCUCGUAUUCCGAACUAGCAACGCCGAGAGGGCGGACGACGAAAUCUCUCGCGGUUUCUCCUGUGUUUUCUCAUUGAGGUUGAAGGCAACAUUAUUGGUGAGGAACUGCUUCACAGCAGUCAGUCAGAGAUUCUCCCAUCCUUGGAAAUUAUCCUCUUUUCAGGAGCCGUGAAGUGAAGUAGCAGCCGUCGGUGAGUGUGGUGCGGUGUAGAAGCAUAACCGUGACUGUGUUUUCCGCUCUUCACUUCAUCUCUCGAGAUUGUGUAAGCAAAUAAAACCAUACAGCAAGACAAAUAUAUUCUCGACCUCUGACACCAUAUCCGUGGUAUCUGGCACAUAAGGGAGUGCUUUUCAUAGUUCACGCUAACGAAUUGAUUCCGAAGAGGUACGAGAUAGAAAUAUCAUCUGUCACCUACCGGAAAACACAAGGAAGAAGAAACACUCGGAUGAAGAAAAGCUAACCCCAGAAAAUUUAAGUAGAUAAUAAACCCCAACCCGCGAGUAACGUACUACAGUAGUGAGUGAGCGCACAAGUGGAGCCUGUUAUUGUCUUCGUUGCUCUUUACUAAGUGGAUGUGCAGUGGCAAUUAGCGAAUUUCACACAAAAGGAGUCGGAAAACACACAGUUGAGUGAACCACGCAGCCAGAAGAGCGCCUCUUGAGAAAUUGGUGUCAUCAUCGUUAAAUGCUCCUCUCUACGGUCUUAUAGCUUUAUUUGCGAUUUCUCCAAGCCAUGGAGAUCCGAGGCCUAAUAACCCGAUUGCUGGGUCCAUGUCACAUCCGACAUCUGAUACUGUGCAGUUUGGGAAUUUACUCCAUCCUGGUGCAGUCGGUCCAUUGCCGACAUCAUGACAUCGGUAGUUCAGUGGCACAUCAGCUAGGAUCGAAAUACUCACAAUCAUCCUCGUUAUCGUCAUCCUCGCAGUCGUCGUCAUCAUUAGCUGAAGAGCCGGCGCUGAACAAAGAUUCAGAUGCAUUUUUUACACCAUAUAUAGGUCACGGAGAUUCUGUUCGAAUUGUAGAUGCAGAAUUAGGUACCCUAGAACGAGAGCAUGUUCACAGCACCACCACUCGAAGGCGUGGUUUGACGCGAAGAGAAUCCAGCUCAGAUGCCACCGACAGCGAUCCACUGGUUAUCAACACCGAUAAAGGAAAAGUCCGAGGUAUCACACUCGAAGCACCCAGCGGAAAGAAAGUGGACGCAUGGCUAGGAAUUCCGUAUGCACAGCCUCCACUAGGGCCUCUGAGAUUCCGACACCCCCGACCGGCCGAGAAAUGGGCGGGAGUGCUCAAUGCCACCAAGCCACCGAACUCGUGUGUCCAGAUCGUGGACACGGUGUUUGGCGACUUCCCGGGAGCCACCAUGUGGAACCCGAACACACCACUAUCCGAAGACUGUCUCUACAUCAAUGUGGUUGUGCCGCGCCCGAGGCCAAAGAACUGCGCCGUUAUGCUGUGGAUCUUCGGGGGCGGAUUCUAUUCCGGUACUGCUACCCUAGACGUAUAUGAUCAUCGCACGCUCGCAUCGGAGGAAAACGUAAUCGUAGUUUCGCUGCAGUACCGUGUUGCCAGUUUGGGAUUUUUGUUCCUUGGCACUCCGGAUGCUCCGGGUAAUGCCGGAUUGUUCGAUCAAAAUCUGGCACUGAGAUGGGUACGCGACAAUAUUCACAAAUUUGGCGGUGAUCCAUCCCGAGUAACCCUGUUCGGUGAAAGUGCAGGUGCAGUUUCCGUGUCUCUGCACUUAUUGUCGGCCUUAUCACGAGAUCUGUUCCAGAGAGCCAUCCUCCAAAGUGGAUCUCCCACUGCCCCGUGGGCUUUGGUGUCACGCGAAGAAGCUACGCUCAGAGCUCUUCGUUUGGCCGAAGCCGUCAACUGUCCCCAUGAUGCGACGAAGCUCAGCGAAUCUGUUGAGUGUCUUCGUACCAAAGAUCCCAACGUGCUGGUCGACAACGAAUGGGGAACCCUGGGAAUCUGCGAAUUUCCAUUUGUUCCAGUCGUUGAUGGGGCAUUCCUCGAUGAAACACCUCAGCGAUCGCUGGCUAGUGGCCGGUUCAAGAAAACGGACAUCCUGACUGGAAGCAACACCGAGGAGGGUUAUUAUUUCAUUAUCUACUAUUUGACUGAACUUCUGAGGAAAGAAGAAGGCGUCACAGUUACACGGGAAGAGUUCCUGCAAGCGGUCAGAGAGCUAAAUCCAUACGUGAAUGGAGCCGCUAGACAGGCGAUUGUCUUCGAGUACACCGACUGGACUGAGCCGGAGAACCCCAACAGCAACCGGGAUGCGCUGGACAAGAUGGUCGGAGAUUAUCACUUCACGUGCAACGUCAACGAAUUUGCCCAACGGUAUGCCGAGGAAGGCAACGACGUGUUCAUGUAUUUAUACACCCACAGAAGCAAAGGCAAUCCUUGGCCUAGGUGGACCGGUGUGAUGCACGGUGAUGAGAUCAACUAUGUGUUUGGUGAGCCGCUGAACUCUGCCCUCGGGUACAUGGAGGAAGAGAAGGAAUUCAGUCGAAAGAUCAUGAAAUAUUGGUCCAACUUUGCUAAAACUGGCAAUCCAAAUCCAAGUCCUCCAAAUUCUGACCUUCCGGAGUGGCCGAUGCAUAGCGCACAUGGUAGACAUUAUCUAGAACUUGGACUCAACUCAACCUUUGUGGGCCGUGGGCCACGAUUGCGGCAAUGCGCGUUCUGGAAGAAAUACUUGCCGCAACUAGUAGCAGCUACCUCUAAUCUACAAGUAACUCCUGCACCUAGCGAACCCUGCGAAAGCAGCGCAGCAUCCUAUCGACCCCUUCUAUUUUUGAUAGUAUCGCUAGUGUUAGUGACCCGUUUCAAGAUAUAAAAUUUUCUAUUUUCGAUAGGCUUUCUAGGUCGGUUCAAAGUAGAAUGAUGGUUGAAGAAUAACAACAAUACUACUAUUAAUGCUAAUGCUACUAAUUAAUAAAUGAAAUGGAACAAUAAAGCUAGAUUUUACUGAAUUUGUCCACAGUUUAUCGAUCCUAAGUAAACAUCUCGCUCCACGGUGAACGUAUUGUACAAUUGUGUUUUAUUAUUUCCCAGCAACGUUAUGUAAGACAGAGGUGAUAUCAUCGAUAUUUUACUACUCAUACAAUAAAACAAAGUAUUUCCUGUUAUAAAUUGUGAUGAGAUUUUCGCUUUAAACUACACCAGUAAAACGUUACUUAAGUUCAAAUAUUAACAAGAAUUUUAUAUAAAACAAAACUAAUUAAAACAACAGCUGCUAGAGACAAGUAGACAUUAAAUCGAAAACGGUUAUUUUGAAAGAGUGAAACGAUUUAUGACACUAGCAGAAUCCCCUUAUAAACUUGAGAAAAAAACAAAAUGGCAAGAGUGUAAUGAUACAAUAAACCCAAACAUCUAAUUCUAACAAUCAACUGUUUACUUUAUUGAAAUUUGAACAAACUUUCUAUUUAAGAUACACACACACUACGCCAUUGCUAAACACAAAGACACACACACACUUACACGAGACAUCCGAUCGUCGAUGGAAUGGAAUUGUAGAUGACCGUUGCAAAAAAAAAUAGGAAACAAUAGUUAAUGUUAGAUAACCUACACCUAAAACAGCAACUGAAAAAGAUGAUGAAAAUGACACCUUCAAAGUAAUCGAAAUAAGAGGAAAAACUGAAAACAUAUCAUUAUAUAAUGUAACUCCGUUGUAAGCUAUUGACAGAAAGAGAAAAACAAAUGAAAUCACCCAAGUGUAGUUAAAUAUUUCUAUACAAUUUAUGGUGGCCAAUUUUAAUAUGAUAAAAACAGCAGAAAGCGCUAAACAAGAGAAAAAAAGCCCAAACACAACUAAUGAGAGAACAAAUGUGAAGUGGAUUAGGGAAACCAGCUGUUUACCGAAUUCCUUUUAGCUGCAAAAAAGAAGAAUAAGCCAUUCUUCUACACAAUAUUAAGACUAAGAGUAACGUAGAAUCCACAUAUUAGAGGAGGAAUAACAAAAAAACGAAAGAGAAAACACAAAUAAAUAUUAAAACAAAAAACCAAUGCGACUGUGUUUAGGCUGCGACGUUUGGAUGUAAAAUUUCUUUGCUAGUUGCACACAUUCUCACGAAAAACACUAGAAUCUAAAUGAACAAAAAAAAAAUCGAUAAUGAAAAGAAGUGUAGUCUUUGGUUCCCCCAAAAUGUGAAACUCUGCCCAGGAAAAAAAUGAACUAUAAAACCAUUGUGAUGAUUUCCUUUAAAGAAAAUUCAAGACGAAAAGAAUAUAUAUCAAAAUUUAGCUCGCCGAAAGUUUGUCCCCUGUCUAAUGAUUUUCAGGAUUGAUAAGUAAUUUUGUUUAGAAAAUGUUCCUACGUCAAUUCUGCAGAAAAGAAAAGCUUCAUUAUCCAUGAAUUUCAUAUUCUACCCUGUUCUUAUGCAUUUUUUUUUUUCUGCGACGGGAUUUUCGUCAUUCAAAAUUUAAUUCCAUCGUAAGACUGCUGAAGGUUGCUUGAGUUGAACAACAGAACCAAAUGCUAUCCAAAAGCAAACAAUCGAUGGUAGUUUCUUACAAAAAUCUUAUUUAAUUUACUUAACAAAUAUGGAUCUGUGAAGCUUCAGCUUAGGAUCACAGUUGCUAGAAUUAUCACGUAACUUUUUUAAUGGUUCUCAAUUACUUAUGGUAUGGCGCAAAUUUCCAAACAUCCCAAACGUUUUGAAUAACCUGGUAUUUAAGCUCAUUCUGAACUCUAGAACGAUAACUUUGACCGUUAAAGGUAACAAGGUUAAUAACUAAGAACUUAGCUAAAGUAUCUCAUAAACAAUGGAAAACUGAUUUUAAAAAUCUGUUGUCGUAAUACGGUAGAGGACCAGUUGGAAUCAGUUCACCCAUAUUCUCAAUUUCUUUCGAACCGAAUUUUUCAUACAAAAAAAAGGUUUUUUGGUAUUUCAAAUACAGUUUGAACGUAAACGAGAAUAUGGGUGUAUUUAAUUGAUAGCAAUGUGUAAACGAAACUGCAUAUAUCUGGAUACGAAUAAGCUUCUUUUGAUCUACAAGAACUUACUUGCAGAAUACGAGAAUACAAAAUAAUUUUCGCGGACAAACGACAAAUAAAUAUCGCAGUAGCAGAAGCAAUUAUUGAUACAGCUUGAUAUCAAAUCUUUGUUUAUUAUUAUGUCACUGUCAGCUGGCUUCACAUUUCCAGACCACUUACCACAUUUAGUGUUCAUAAAAAUAUGAGAGACUUAGAAUUUUGGACUGACUAACAACUGAUGAAAAUAUGCGCUCCUGAUUAAAGCGUUGACUACCAUAUCUACUGAAAUGACUACACAAAGAUUCUCUGGAAUAUAUUUAUCUUAUGCCAGAAUAUACUCAAACAUAAUAUGACGUCAAGUAUCUGUAAUUCUAGAAAGGACGAACAUGUUAUAACGAAUAAUUUGAGAAUGGCUAUUCCACAAAUUUGACAUUUAAUCUACCGAUUAACUGCCCAAUCUGAGAAAUGACAUCCAAAUCAGAAUAAUGUUGCGAAACUGUCAACUUAAAUUUGAUUAACCUUUAUUUAUUUAUUUAUUUUUUAAAUUGCAAAAACUAUUUGGAAGGACCUCACCAUGUAAAUUUGAUCAUGGUUUCCGUAGUUUUGGUUUUCUCUACGUUUUGCAUCUCAUUUCGUGAUUGACCGGAAUGAUCUGUAACAAGCCUGAUUUCGAUUGCACUUCCCAAACACAUCCUUCUUAGCACACAAUGGAUCCUUUUUUUCCGGUUAUUUAAAAACCACUUUCACGUAGAUGACUAUACCAACUACCGAACAUAUGGUGGAUAUGGUGGUUACACGCGGCAAUAUAAGAAACUUUUACUUAAAUUCAACGGCCCCAAGGAAAAAUUCUUACCGAAGCGAAAACGUGACAGCCAAAUCGAAAAUCAACCACUCUCGAGCAGAGCCUACUACACAGCAAAAAAUAAAUUUUACUAUUACAUCCAAGAGGAUGCACUUCAAUCAUGUAAUUUUUAUGGCCUCAAAAAUAAACAAAUGCAGUAAAAUCAGCGUAAUGUCAGUUAAUGCAUUGUAUUUAUGAUAACUUUGUCCUUUUUGGCAAGUAAUAUUACAUAUUUUCGACACUAUUGAAGUGCAUCCUUUUCGAUAAAAUUAAUGUUUUGUUGUGUAAUUCUCGAAUAAAAUUACAUCCAUUGAUGUAAUAUUGUAUCUGAUUUUUGCUAUUACACCAUUACUUCAUUCAUCAGCUUGAAUUCCGUUGAUCGAUAUUUCCUUUUUUCACUGUGUAGAAGGAGAAAAGGAGACAAACUUGUCUGCACAGCAAAAAACUGUAAUAUCGAUCAACGUAAUUCAGGCUAAUGUAUGAAAUAAUGACGUUAUAACAAAAAGUAGGUCAAUAUUACAUCAAUUGAUGUAAUUUUUUUCGCAAAAACGAUGUACAUCGUACAACGUAAUAUUACACAACCAGCGGAAUGACCUCUGUGCAGCUUUUUUUUCUGUGUGGGUUCUUUUUUUACCGUGUAGAUUAUUCCUCGAGAAAAUAGUAAAAUCGACGUAAGUACAUUUACAAUCAAUGGCUUCAAACUUUAGAGACCAGGGGAUCCCAAAAAACAUACAUGCCUAAUCUAUUGGCUCAGAAAGUAACACAUCAUCGGUCCAGGAACCCCUCAUUUAUUCUGUCAAGUUAUUACAGCGAAUCAAAAUCAAAACAAACUUUGACAGAUUCUAGUACGAGAAUGGGGAACGCUCAUCAAUGUACUUGGGACCAAUGGGCUAUUCAAGCAAUGAGCUAAUUUAAAAUUGUUAGUUUCGAAUUGAUUGUUGGCAAGGCGGCACAGUAGCAGGUCUAUUACUAUGAGUAUCUAUAGUUCAAACGCUAAUUCAUUGAAACCAGGCCAGUGACAAGGCCUAUACCAACAGCAGCGUUUGACAGUAGGCAGCAUGUCCCGGGCUCAAAUCGUUUAUUUUGCUGUGCUGGGCCCGCGUCACCGUCUAACAUGUUGCCUACCAGCCUGCCACUGGGCUGAUUGAAGCUGACUGCUAGCCCACUAUAGUCGCUAUAUUCAUAGUCUGGCGGAUAGAAUCUCGGGAACCAAUUGAGCUGUCAAGUAGCGGAAUCAAUCGAGAAUCAAUGUGAACAAAACUUCGGAAACCAUUUUCUCGUUCUCGCCUACGAAAACUAACACCAUCAACUUUGGGUUGAGGAAAGUUUCCCCUAUCCGAUGAUGCCGGCAGUUUGCGUUCGUUUGGCGAGGAAAGAAUAAUCAACGUUGUGUUUAUAAAAGUUGAAAGUACCUUUUCAAUUGUUGGUCUACAAUAUAUUGAAUUGAUUCCGCUUUUUGAUAGAUCGAAAUUCUAUCCACCAGACUAUGAAUAUAGCGACUAUAGAGCCCACGCAAGCGAAAACCAAUGGUAUGUAACCAGGUAAGGCAAUGUGAAUUUAAAGUAUCUAAAAUUUAAAGAGAACGAAAGAGACGACAUUACAUCGCGCCUUCAGGAAGGUGAAAUUUCCCGUUGGUGAUAUUAAUUUUAACGUGGGCAUUGAUAAAUUGUCGUUUGAGGCUAUUAUUUAUUGAUGAACUUACGUCGAUUUGACUAUUUGCUCGAGAUUUCACCGCAUGUGCAUGCCACACAUUAAAAUGCGCUUGACCUUUUUCACGGAUUCUUAAUUUGCACGACUCGAAGUGGAUUAAUUUUUGGAUAGGUUUCGUCGAUCAAAAAUCGAUUAACUGAAUUCGCUUUCUUCCAUGACCAGAGCAAUAGUUUUGCAAUAAUCAUCCAUUCAAUCUUGAAUGUACACUUGGAACUGGUGUUUGUGUGCAUCAAUAUUGCAAAUCCACUGCUCAAAUCGCAGUAGUAAUCGUAAAAAUUCAAUUUUUAAUCGAUGAAAAGUGAUAUGACCUAUUGAAGAAUCAAUCGAAAUGAAUUAUUAUAUAAAUUCCACUGAAUAUGGAACUCAAAUUUGACAUGAACUCUGCGGCCAUGUAUGACUUCAGCGAUUAUUAACGCACCAAUAAUGUCUACCAGUGAUUUUAACAAAGUUUAACUAUUUUAGUCACAUUUUUAGGCAAAUAAGCUCUCAUAAUUUGAUCAUGAUUCAAGGUUUGAGCAGUAGUGAAUGUCAUUAUAAACUGCUUUAAUGUAGUGAUUAAAAGGAUUAGCAUAACAGUGUUUUUAAUAUCUCAAAAACUCAAAUCUAAUGCUUGAAGUUUUGCAUUGAAUAUUUCAAAUGAUUAAUAAUCACACAAUUUCAGGUUCAAAAAUGGAUUGCUCUAUGGUUUGACAAAAUGUCUUUAGUGUUCAUUUUUGUAAGAUCCGAUAGAAAACUCACGAAACAUACAUGAGCAUGCUAUCAAUUGACGUUUGAGUCUCAAAUAAUGGGGUUUGAUUGCAGAUUCUAACGUUUCGAGAAUGAUUUCCCUAACACUUAGCAUGUGCAUGAUUGACCGCCCGUGGUUGCUACUCCGUUAUUAUCAGAUCGCUUUUAAUUAUAUUGAGAAACAACAGUCAAUGCUUGGGACUUGCAAUCAUCUUAACUGAGUGGUGAUUCCAUUGGUGUAUUAAGAAAAAAUCUUCAACGAGAUCGAAGAAAUUUAUAUCAAUUUACGGUCGGGUGAAGGUGUUCAAUAUUUCAGGUGUAUAUAAAUGAGUCUUUAGCCAAGAUAAAUUUGUACACGUUUAGGAAAACAUCAUUCAAUUUUGGAGAACUUCGCUGAAGUUCGGGAAACUUCUUUAAAAUUUCGUGAAACUUCGUAAAAUCUCGUAAACGUUGUAGAACAUUGUCGAACUACAAAAAAAAAUCGUAGAAGAUCAGGAAACUCCUUAAAGUUCUGCAUACUUUCUAGAACAGCAGCAUAUUGUGUAGGAGUUCAGCAAAGUUUGUAAAAGCCUAGUGAACUUCGUACAAGUGUAGACAAUUUUAUAGAACUUCGACCAAUUUUGAAGAAGUUCGGUGAUCAUAUCAUUAAACUUUGUAGUAAUUUAGAGAACUUAGAAAAUUAUGUAGAAAUUCAGGGAGCCUCAUUAAAGGUUCUAGCAUUUUUUAUAACUUCAUUAAACUUCGUUAAAAUUCAAGGACAUCAACAAAAGUCAGUGGGCAUAGUUGAAUAUCGUUAAAGUUGAAAUGAGCUAGGGAUAGCUCGUGAAAUACUGCAGAAGUUCAGGAAACUUCUUACAACUUCAGGGAUCUUUGAAUCAGUUUAGAGAUCUUCGUUGAAAUUUUUCAGAGAAAUUAUUAAAAAAAAAACUCAAUAGAACUUACUGAAAGUUAUCCCAGAAGUUCGAGGAGCUUCCCACAAGUUCUAGGCACUUCAUAAAAGAUAAGUAAACUUUGGAUAAGCUCAAUGCAAUGAAUAGAAGAUCAGGGAGCAGGAGAGGGAGAGAACAGAUACUCAUUAAUAGGUAUCAGUAAGUCAUUAAGGUAAAAGUUGAUAGAAUCCUCAAAUUGCCGCGAUUUUAGUUAUAUUUUGCCUUGCCACUUAAAAUGUUUGAUGGCACGAAUCUCAGAAACUAUAAAGAUUUCGUUUAGGAAAUUGUAAUUAUAUGUAUGUAUGCAGUGCAGAAAAAUAGUGAUAAUAGUUUCGCACACGAAAUCUUUAUAGUUUCUGAGAUUCAUGCCAUCAAGAAUCGAAGUGGUAAGGUAGAAUAACCAAAAUAGCGGCCAUUUGUGGAAAAUUUAAAUCCUAUACCUCACCGUGGAAAAUCUGCCUCUCCAAGCUUUUUUUUAAGAUGGCCACGAGAGGCCUAAUUUUAAACGCCUACAUGCAAUUAUACGUAAUAACGCGUCGUCAUGGACUGCCGUCAAUACCCACAAAUAAUCACAAUAUUCGAGUCGUUUGGAAUUUCAUCUACUAGCGCUCGAAGAAAAUGUGUUAAAAUUGAUGCCGUACAUAAACAAUCGUAAUAUUUGAAAGCCUAUUUUCAUAAACCUUUUAGAAAGUCACGCCAGAACUGAUGUGGUCCAUGGAGGUCCAGUUCUUCAACUCAAUGUCCAGUGAACGAUGCUAAGUCUUGGUAACUCUGAAGGCGUUAAUCUCCUUUUAGUUUAUUGGAUCGACAAUAGCAAUGACAGCCGGCGCCGGUGGUGUCGUGGUAAGCGUGACUGCUUCUCACCCAAUGGGUGUGGGUUCAAUCCCAGCCGAAAUCGGUGGGAUUUUUCUGAGGCAUAAAAAUCUCUGGUCACGUCACGAAGGAAAGUAAAGCCGUUGGCCCCAGCCCAUGUGUGUUGUGUUUGAAUGGGUGCGAUAUCCUACGCAGGUGUGGAAGCUGUCUUCCUGCACAUCGAUGGAUGGCAAUCGAUGUCUGUCGGUGAUUGGCACUAGAAUGCGGAACAGAGACCGACGUUAAAUAAAGGAAUGAAGAAGAAGAAGACAAUAGCAAUGACGACUCCCUCGACGCCAUUCUCGAAAUCUUUUACAUCUGAGCGGUUAAACAGUGAGAAGUAGGUGUGAUGGUAUCCCAAUAUGGUGGUGUAACGGCAAUAUAAAAGUGCACGAUAUUUCAACUUCCCUAUUCCUCUAGGAAUUUGACAGAUUAAGAGAUGAAAUAGCCUACGGCUAAACAUCUAAAAUAUAAUGUUUUAAAUAAAAAAAAAUUAAAAAUUUUAAAGAUUGUUGUCAAAACCAUGUAAACAAACCACCCCAAUCUGCCAAAUUCCUAUGAAGAAAAAGUGAGGUUAAGACACCGUACAUUUUACUAUGGUGUAACGUCUUGGCAACUCCUGCUGAUACAGACCAGUCUGUGAAGAAUCACCACAAAUGUUUAUUAUGUUGCAAAGUAGACCUAAUAAUUAAUUGAAAAUAAAAUGCCAGGAUUAACGAGCCGUUCGGUAUUCGCAGCAUUACGAUAUAUGCUAGAACAUUUUUUAUUACUUUUAGAUGGCUGUAACUUUAACGCUGUAGUCUGCUUGUGCGAGGUGCAAAAACUUCAUGGAAUGCACCUUAUAAGGUCUUCUUGGUCGGUUUCGCUCUACUUUACGACAUGAAAGCUGGUGUUCAACUAAGUAAUGGUAAACGUGUUGACGGACGACGGACCAUGCUCUACACAUUGUGGGAAGAUUUCAGAACACAAUUCACUGAUCCAUGAACCCUUCUACAAAAUAUCCCCUGAACAACUGCCCUACAUUUAAAAAUUCGCAUGAAAAUGCAUACGACAACGUAACAGUGUCCAAAAUGUGCGCUCUUGAAAUUUUAAGUGUCAGCCAUAAUGACAGCCAUUUUUUUGGGUUCUGCAAGGACCAUCGGAGUCGCUCAGAAUCUAACGUAUUAUUUUGGAUAACGUAAAAAUUAAAUGAAAUAGCAUUUUAUAGCGUAAUAUUCAAGAGAAACAUAGAGUCUGAGAAUUAUCUGCAUUUUUAAUUGGUAAAAGCAAAACCUGUUUCUAAAUUUACUUAACAUGAUUAAAAUAUCCCUGAUUCAUUUCGAACAUCUUUCGGCGAGCAAGGACCAAUUUUCGAACAAUAUAAGCUAAACCUGUGAAUGAUCUGUGAGCUGAUUAUGUGUAGAAAUGAAGAUUAAAGAACAAAUCAUAAAACAUCUGUGUUACUCGAAAGUGCAAUGCUGAUAUUUAACGCUUCGAAGCAAUUGGAAUUCUUGUUCAGUUUUUCGAUAUUGUAGUACUCAAACUUAGCCCUCACGUAAAAAAAAAAACAAUGUUUAGUUCGCGUGCUAGCUUAGUAGACCAAUGGAUGUAAUGCUUCAGCGCAGAAACAAAACAAAACAAAAACUAAACAACCCAUUGACUAGAACGCGGCAUUUUUCUGUGACAACCAUGUGCGAAGAAGAAAAUGGCAAAAAGUACAAAAUUGCAGAAAAACACCUUCACAAAUUAGUAUCGAUAGAAGCGGUUUUAAGUAAUUGGACAAUUGGAGUAACCUAUAGAAAUCAGAUUCUACACGAGAAAUUACACUUUGAUGUCUCUUAGAAGCCGUGCACAGAAUGAUGACCCAUGACAAGAAAACCAGUUUCAGGACAAGUGAAGCGUGAAAACUGAAAAUAUAGUAUGUAUUGCCAUUUGGUUUUUUGUAGUUGUAGAACCCGCGAGUAAAAUUUAUAGCACUCACCAAUCAAUUUGUCAAACAAAUGAAGAAAAAAAUCACUUUAAAAACAACGGAAUCAACGAUCGCUAAAAUUAAGACAUUAAGAUGAAACUAAAGUGUAAGUUGAGCAUAAGUCAAUAAACACCGUUUAAUACAUAAGUAAUGGACAACAACUAAAUUUAAAAGAAAAAGCUAGCUUAGCUUAGUAUCAGAAUAACAACAAGAGAACGAGAUGGGAAUGGAAAAAUGUUCAUAAUACAUAUCAUUUAAUCUUAGAAUGUAUAAUCAUUUUAGGAGACAUAUUUUUAUUGAAUAAAUAUAACAUAAAUAGCGGAGAUGUGGGAGUAAUGAACCACGCCAUGUAACACUAAAGGCAUGCUGAAGAAAUGCUUCUCUAUAUCAAUGAUGAGUGCAGUUACUUCUGGCUCUCACUAAGCAUUCGUUACCAAUCACAAUCACUUAGAAUGAACGUUUAAUGAAUGUUUAACCUUAGCUUUCGAUACAUUAUAUUUUCGAGUGGAGGAUGUUAUUCACUUCACGGAACGAGAUCAAUAUAUUUGCGCUUACCAAUUGCUCAAUGUAAUUUUUUUUUUAUUUCUCCAAGCAAUUCGUGCUAAUCUAAUAAGACGCGGUUUUAGUUGCCAAAUUCACUAAAUUUAUGGCGCAAAGCUUUGAAUGGUUAUUCGAAAGAUUUUAGUUUUGCUACAUGUCAUUGGAAUGUUCCUGAUUAUUUUGUAUGAUUACAAAUAGAAUGUUGCAAAAAUCCAUUACCAUCUUAGCGUGCAAAGGUAUUCGUUAUUGUUCAUCGAAUGCCGUUCAAAGAUGUGAUAGGUUUUGUCAUCAAGCAUCGCACGCAGCGCUCCCAUCGCUUUUCCGCGAAUUCCUUUCAACUUAAUAAUAGCGUAAUAUAUAUUUGGCCUAAUAACGAUAAACAAGAAAUCUCCACACUCAACAAACCCAAAAUAUUACCCCUUAUUCAAGCUUUCAUUAAGUAGAGACGAUGAACCUAGUAAGCAAAAAAAAAGGAAAUCAACUAAUCUUUAUCUUCUAAAACCAAAACGGAAAACAAAACCUAUAGCAAGAUUUAAAAAAUUACUUGAUAAUGCGGAAUGAUGACAAACACAUGAAAUGUACGGGCUAUUAAUGAGUAAAAAAAUGAAUAAACAAAUGAAUGCUAAUGAAAAUCAAUAAAGUUUUAUUAAAUUAAAGCAAAUAGUUUAUUUUUGUUACCAAUUUCUUCUUAUACAAAAAGGUAAGAAAUCUCUGCUAUAUUAAUUAUUUAUUACAAUAGAUUUAUGAUGAUUAUACAUAUUAGAAAGCUAACUAAACCCUACUAAUAAGUAUGAAGAAAGAGAACGGAAUGAAAUGGCAAAUACUAAUAGAAUUAAAAUGUAUUUAAAUUAAUUAAAAGUAAUUGACACCUUGAAUAACAAAAACUAAAUGAAUAUAUAUUAAACAUAUAAUGCUUUGUUAAAUGUAAAUGUUGUGUAUAGGAAAUAAUAAUACACAAUUUUAAAAAUAUAAA